CCCAUUUUCAUUUCCUUUCAUUAUCAUUGCGAAACGGCGACGUUAAUAAGUUUCAACCCGUCGUCAUUUUCACUCGUGUUUGACGAGCUUUUGGUUUCUUAGGGUUUUUGAUCUCUGCAAUGGCGAAUCUAAUUCCUAGAUUCCUCAGGAACAAGUCUUGCUUCAAUUCAAUCCAAAGGCUUACUACUACUCCUUCUCUCUUCACUUACCAGAAGCCCUACUUCAACAACAACAACAACAUCGACUCUGUUAUUGAGAAACCCGAUCCAGUUUCUUUUACUAAUCCUUUGAUUACACUCUCCGGGAAUGAAUCCAAUCAACCUAUGCGGUUUUACCCUAGUUUCUCCAUGGGGUUAUGCUUGAAUCCCAAAAUGAUUCAAGGUCUGGAUCUAGCUGAAACAGCGUCGUUGGAGGAGGAGGAAGAGGAUACGAAGGAGAUUGUGAUUUACGCUGAUAGUGUGAAGAAGAAGAGGAAGAAGAAGAUGAACAAGCACAAGUAUAGGAAACUCAGGAAACAGCUUGGUCGCAAGUCAUAGAUUUUUUUUACUAUUCCGGUGAGAAGUUUGCUCCUUUCAUGUCUUCUGAAUUACUGGGAUUCAAAGGAUGAACCUUUUUUAUUGAAUCAGAACAAAAAAUUUCUAAAUUCCAUUGCAUUGUCAUUAGUCUGUGUUCAUCGUUUGUCUUGACAACACAUUUCUAAUAAAACGUUUGCUCAAUUCACACACUGGUGCAGUAUGUCUUUAUGAUUUUGAAUUCUAUAGGAUUUGCCAAUUUGCUGUCUUG